AUGGCUCCGCUCGCCUGGGAGCGGCUAACCUGGCUGCUCUUACAGGAGGGCAGGAGGAGGAGAGCAGGAGCAACCGCUCUCCCCGCAGCCUCUUUUUUUAUGCGGGCUGCCCCUUUCCGCUCAGCCAGCGCAGCCUGCCCCGAGCGGCGGGCCGAUCGCCUCCAUCCAGCCGCAUUUGGUAUGCAUGAGCACUGCCGUUCCCACGCAGGAGCCCGCUGUCUUAAGGAGGCGCUGCGGGCUGUGCGGCUGCUCCGCCGGCGGGACUCGCGGGGGGUCAUGAAUCAGACGGACGCUCCCCGGCCGCUCAACUGGACCAUACGGAAGCUGUGCCAUGCCGCCUUCCUGCCGUCCGUCCGGCUGCUCAAGAUCACAGUAUUUCGCAUGGGAUCAGAAGGACACCAGGAUAUUGAUUUAGCUAUCCUUACAGCAUUACUGAAAGGAAUUGGUCAAGGAGUUCCAGUGGUGGCCCUCAUUGUGGAAGGAGGUCCCAAUGUUAUCUCUAUCGUUCUGGAGUACCUGCGAGACACUCCUCCUGUUCCUGUUGUGAUAUGUGAUGGCAGUGGCCGGGCAUCUGACAUACUUGCCUUUGGUCACAAAUACUCUGAAGAAGGAGGACUUAUUAAUGAAUCUUUGCGGGACCAGUUGCUAGUUACCAUCCAGAAGACUUUCACAUACACUCGAACCCAGGCACAGCACCUCUUCAUUAUCCUCAUGGAGUGCAUGAAGAAGAAGGAGCUGUAUGUACGCGUGUCUUUUGACACAAAACCUGACCUCCUUCUGCACCUGAUGACCAAAGAGUGGCAGCUUGAGCUCCCAAAACUUCUCAUCUCUGUGCAUGGGGGACUUCAGAAUUUUGAACUUCAGCCAAAGCUCAAGCAAGUCUUUGGGAAAGGCCUCAUUAAGGCUGCUAUGACAACUGGAGCAUGGAUAUUCACUGGAGGAGUAAACACAGGAGUCAUUCGACAUGUUGGAGAUGCACUGAAAGAUCAUGCCUCAAAAUCCAGAGGGAAGAUCUGCACCAUUGGUAUAGCUCCCUGGGGGAUCGUGGAAAAUCAAGAAGAUCUGAUUGGCAAAGAUGUGGUCCGACCAUACCAGACAAUGUCCAAUCCCAUGAGUAAAUUGACAGUACUCAACAGUAUGCAUUCACAUUUCAUUUUGGCUGACAAUGGCACUACUGGCAAAUAUGGAGCAGAGGUGAAACUUCGUAGACAGCUGGAAAAGCACAUUUCACUUCAGAAGAUAAAUACACGAGCUAACGCAUCUGCGCCCGACCAGCUGAGCCUGGCUUUAGCCUGGAACAGAGUAGACAUCGCUCGCAGUCAGAUCUUUAUUUACGGGCAGCAGUGGCCGGUGGGCUCCCUUGAGCAAGCAAUGCUGGAUGCACUGGUGUUGGACAGAGUGGAUUUUGUGAAAUUACUCAUAGAAAAUGGAGUAAGCAUGCAUCGUUUUCUCACCAUCUCCCGGCUAGAGGAAUUGUACAAUACGAGACAUGGACCAUCCAACACUUUAUAUCAUCUAGUCAGGGAUGUCAAAAAGGGAAAUUUACCUCCUGAUUAUCGAAUAAGCCUGAUUGAUAUUGGUUUGGUGAUAGAGUACCUGAUGGGAGGAGCAUAUCGCUGCAAUUACACCCGAAAGCGAUUCAGAACACUGUACCACAAUUUAUUUGGGCCUAAGAGGCCAAAAGCUCUGAAACUGUUGGGAAUGGAGGACGAUGUCCCUUUACGACGAGGGAGGAAAACAACUAAGAAAAGAGAAGAAGAAGUUGAUAUUGAUUUGGAUGACCCUGAGAUAAAUCAUUUUCCGUUUCCGUUCCAUGAGCUGAUGGUGUGGGCAGUGCUUAUGAAGCGCCAGAAGAUGGCUCUCUUCUUUUGGCAGCAUGGAGAGGAGGCUAUGGCUAAAGCACUGGUGGCCUGCAAACUCUGCAAAGCUAUGGCCCAUGAAGCAUCAGAAAAUGACAUGGUGGAUGACAUAUCCCAAGAGCUGAACCAUAAUUCGAGGGACUUUGGCCAAUUGGCAGUGGAGCUGCUGGACCAGUCAUACAAACAGGACGAGCAACUGGCAAUGAAACUGCUGACCUACGAGCUGAAGAACUGGAGCAACGCCACAUGCCUGCAGCUCGCAGUGGCUGCUAAGCACAGGGACUUCAUUGCUCAUACUUGCAGCCAAAUGCUGCUCACAGACAUGUGGAUGGGUCGUCUCCGGAUGCGCAAAAAUUCUGGCCUAAAGGUAAUUCUAGGAAUUCUACUUCCUCCUUCAAUCCUCAGCUUGGAGUUCAAGAACAAAGAUGAUAUGCCUUACAUGUCUCAGGCUAAUGAAAUUCAUCUUCAGGAGAAGGAGCCAGAGGAACCAGAAAAGCCAGUGAAAGAAAAAGAAGAAGAGGACAUGGAACUCACAGCAAUGCUUGGACGAGGGAAUGGAGAAUCCUCAAGAAAGAAAGAAGAAGAGGAAGUACAGAGCAGGCACAGACUGAUUCCUAUUGGAAGAAAGAUUUAUGAGUUCUACAAUGCUCCCAUCGUUAAAUUUUGGUUUUACACACUGGCAUAUAUAGGCUACUUAAUGCUGUUCAAUUAUAUAGUGUUAGUGAAGAUGGAUCGCUGGCCAUCCACACAGGAAUGGAUUGUCAUCUCGUACAUUUUCACUCUGGGAAUAGAGAAGAUGAGAGAGAUAUUGAUGUCAGAGCCUGGAAAAUUGUUACAAAAAGUUAAAGUUUGGCUGCAGGAGUACUGGAAUGUUACAGAUCUCAUAGCUAUCCUCCUGUUCUCUGUUGGGAUGGUCCUCCGUUUGCAAGAUCUGCCACUUCGGAGCGAUGGCCGGGUGAUAUACUGUGUGAACAUCAUUUACUGGUACAUACGGUUACUAGACAUCUUCGGAGUAAACAAGUAUUUGGGACCAUAUGUUAUGAUGAUUGGAAAAAUGAUGAUAGAUAUGAUGUAUUUUGUCAUCAUCAUGUUGGUGGUUCUGAUGAGCUUCGGUGUUGCAAGACAAGCUAUUCUCUUCCCCAAUGAGGAGCCUUCAUGGAAGCUGGCAAAAAACAUUUUUUACAUGCCUUAUUGGAUGAUCUAUGGAGAAGUGUUUGCAGACCAGAUAGACCCUCCUUGUGGUCAAAAUGAAACUAGAGAAGAUGGCAAGAUAAUCCAGCUGCCUCCUUGCAAGACAGGAGCGUGGAUAGUUCCUGCCAUCAUGGCCUGUUACCUCUUGGUUGCAAACAUCCUUUUGGUGAACCUCCUGAUUGCUGUUUUCAACAAUACAUUUUUUGAAGUCAAAUCUAUAUCCAACCAAGUAUGGAAGUUUCAAAGGUACCAGCUAAUCAUGACGUUUCAUGAAAGGCCAGUUCUCCCACCACCUCUGAUCAUUUUCAGCCAUAUGACUAUGAUAUUCCAGCACCUUUGCUUUAGAUGGCGGAAACACGAAAGCGACCCGGAUGAGAGAGACUACGGAUUAAAACUUUUCAUAACUGAGGAUGAAUUGAAAAAAGUCCACGAUUUUGAAGAGCAGUGCAUAGAAGAAUAUUUUAGAGAGAAGGAUGACAGAUUCAAUUCUUCCAAUGAUGAAAGAAUCCGCGUCACUUCAGAAAGGGUGGAGAAUAUGGCCAUGCGACUGGAAGAAGUAAAUGAGCGCGAGCACUGCAUGAAGGCCUCUCUGCAGACUGUUGACAUCAGGCUUGCUCAGCUGGAAGAUAUGAUAGGAAGAAUGGUGACAGCAUUAGAAAAACUGACUGGCAUAGAGAGAGGGGAGACAACCAAGAUACGAUCCAGGACUUCAUCUGACUGUACCGAUGCAGCCUACAUUGUAAGGCAGAGUAGCUUCAAUAGUCAAGAAGGAAAUACUUACAAGCUGCAAGAGAGCAUAGAUCCUACAGGGGAGGAGUCCAUGUCCCCAACCUCUCCUACAAUUACAUCUCGCAUGCGAAGCCACUCUUUCUAUGCAACAAAUAUGAAGGACAAAUGUGGGUUGGAAAAGUUUGAAAGCAUUUUCAAGGAAAGAUCUCCAAGCCUGCACCGGGCUAGCAGUUCCCACUCAAUAGCAAAAGAAGGAAAGAUUCCCUUAGCCCCUACCAGCACUUUGUCAAUUGCCCCAGACUCCAGAAGGCCUUCAUCUUGUAUAGACAUCUACGUUUCUGCAAUGGAUGAGAUGCAUUCUGAUACAGAACCUCUUGAUAGUUCCAUAAAUAUUCUUGGUACUGGAGAUGUAGCCCUGCAGGCACACAUAGCCUCUUCCAUUUUAGCCAACUGUGCGUAUAUUAGCAGUACACCUGGUGAAAAAAUUUCUGGCAGGAGUCUUGAUUAUGAGGAAACAUCUGGAAUAGAAACAAGAGCAUUUUCUUCAGACUAUUCACAAAUCACAGACUGCCAAAUCCCCUGGGAUUCAGACCCUCCUUUGUACCACACUUUAGAGCGAUCUAAGAGCAGUCGUUAUCUGGCUACAACUCCAUUUAUUCUGGAGGAAACACCAAUUGUGAAAUCUCACAGUUUUAUGUUCUCUCCAUCUCGAAGUUACUUCAGCAGCCUUGGCGUACCAGUCAAAACAGCAGAAUACACAAGUAUUACAGACUGUAUAGAUACAAGGUGUGUGAGUGCUCCCCAGACCAUUGCAGAGAGGGCGAGUUUCCCUGGCAGUCUCGGCAUCAAGGUGGAAGACUUGGGAUGCUGUCACCCAGAGAGAGAAGCAGAAUUAAGCCACCCAAGCUCUGAUCAUGAGGAUACUGAGGCCAGGGACAAGAAGGGGCUUCCCCUAUCUCCUCAAGACAGCAAUGCCACAAGAACUCUGACCAACAGCAUCCCACUUCCAAAAAUAGAGCGGGCUAACAGCUACUCUGCAGAGGAGUCCAACAUGCUGUAUGCACAGCACACACGGAAGAGCUACUCAAUCAGUGAUAAACUUGAUAGACAGCGAAAUGCAACAAGCCUGCGAAACCCUUUCCAGAGGAGUAAGUCCUCAAGGCCAGAGAGCAGAGGGGACAACCUGUCCAUGAGGAGACUAUCAAGAACAGGAGCAUUCCGCAGCUUUGAAAGCAAGCACAGCUAGGCCUAGACAAAUCUUGCAGGCAGUCAAAAGAUCAUCUGCUCUCCAGUCCAUUUUCCUUAGCAAAAUUACCACGCUUCAUAUUGACAUUCCAUGUCAACUCCAGUUGGCAUUAGCCACCGGUCAAAAGAGCACACUGUCAGUCUCAGCAUCACCUACUGAGUUACUGCAUCUUGACCCAGUUGACAUUUGCACUUAAGGAAAAAGGGAGGGAUGAAAAAUUUACAGGGACUUCAGUAAACAAUAGGAAUAAAAAGACCCCCACAGGAAGUUAUAAGUAAUAACUGAGUUCAGAAAUUUACCUUCUAAUAGAAGGCAUCCUAAAAUCUAUUAUUCACAAGCUCUUAGGACACAGGAAUUAAUCUACAAAAAGAGAUGUACAGAUUAGGUAUCCUCAAUUUCAACCAUAACUUCUUUUUCACCUGUUUCACCAUUGUGAUGACUGGUGAAAAACAUUUGUUAUUCCUCUGGGAACUGGUGGCAAACAAAACUAAAGUCUCCAAAAUACCUUGCAACCCUACACUUGUGUAAAUGAAAAAGAUGAACAAGAUAACAACCAUAACAUUUUCUUGUCUCUUUUGUAUCAAAUUCUAGUGCCACAGAAAAAUAGUAUUCUCAAAAGCAGAAAGGGAACAGAAAUGCCUUUUGUACUGCAUCAUAAGUGGAGGAAGAAUUCAUGUUGAAAUAUCAGGUGAUUUCCUGAUGAAAUGGGCAUUCUAAAGUCUAGCACAGUUGAGCAAGCUCAGGAUGAAUGUAAUUAAGCGGAAUAGUAUAUAUUUAUUUUUUUAUUACUUUUGUCAUCAAUAUUUUGCCUCACUUAAUCAAAGGAUGUGAUAGAAUAAUAAGAACAGAACGAUCAGAGCAAAGUGCAGUAAUAUUGUCAGAUUCUCACUGCUCUGUUCAAUUAAUUGUACAAGCUGGGGAGGCUUACCCACAGGGUUGCCACCAGGCUCUUCUUGCUGUUCCAUUUGAGCUGCCAGUUUUUUACAUCAUUCCCUCACCUAAAAGUAUGCCUUUUUUCUUUUCCUUU